AUGAGAUCCGGGAGGACCUCCCUCUCCGGAGGCCGCUCGCUGCCCGUGCUAGUCCUGACGGUGCUCCUGGUUGACUCUCUCGGCGAGGAUUUAGAGUUUCACCCAGAGUGGGGGUUUGACUCGUACGAAAUCACCAUCCCCAGGAAGCUGAGCUUCCGGGUAGGGGAGCAGGGUGUGGCUAAGCACGUGUCCUACCUCCUGCAGUUAAAUGGCAAGAAGCACGUCAUCCGCCUGUGGCCCAAGAGGUUUCUGUUGCCCCGGCAUCUACAGGUUUUCUCCUUCACGGAGCACGAUGAGCUUCUGGAGGAUCACCCUUAUGUACCCAGGGACUGCAACUUUAUGGGCUCUGUGGAGGGUUCUGAGGAAUCUGAAGCUACUUUAAGUACAUGCAUGGGGGGUCUCCGAGGCAUAUUGAAAAUUGAUACCAAACUUUACCAAAUCGAGCCCCUCAAGUCCUCUUCCAAUUUUGAACAUGUGGUUUACCUCUUGCAGAAAGAGCAGUUUAUCAAUCACACCUGUGAUAUAAUUGAUGAUGUGAUUGAAAUACCGAUGGAAGAGCAGGAAAAAAUGGCUAGGCUCAGGGACUUUUCUGACUCCUAUAAGCACCCAAAGUACAUGGAGUUAGGCAUGAUCUUUGAUCACGAAAGAUAUUUGUUUGUAAAUUCCAAUCUAACUCAAGCCUUAAGUGAUGCCAUUAUUUUGACUGCGAUAAUGGACACCUACUUUCAGGAACUCAGUGUGAGGAUACAUCUAAAAGUUCUUGAAGUAUGGACAAAUGGAAACCUGAUAGAUGUUGUUAGACCCAACUUAACUGAAGUUCUAGGCCAAUUUGUAAUCUUCAGAAGAGAUGUCCUGAAUGCUCGGUUAGAAGCCGAUUGGGUACAUUUAUAUGUUAAAAGAUAUUAUCAUGAUGCUCUUGGAUGGUCCUAUGGAUUUAUGUGUACAAAAUUGUAUGGUGCAUCAGCAAGUAUUUUUCCAAAUCUAAAUAUCCUUGGACCCGGCACUUGGACUACUCAUGAACUGGGGCAUGCUUUGGGAAUGAAACAUGAUGAAAAAGACUGUCUGUGUAAGGGCAUGACUACUUGCCUUAUGGGAUUUGGGCGUUCUGGGUGGAGUAAUUGCAGUUAUAUUGAUUAUUUUAAGCAGGUAACUUCAGGAGCAGCUUGUUUAAAUAAUAUCCCAGGAAUAGGUUAUGUGAUGGAGAGAUGCGGAAACAAAAUUGUGGAAAACGAUGAAGAAUGUGAUUGUGGUUCAAUAGUGGACUGUGAAAUGGACCAGUGUUGUCAAUCAGACUGCAAAUUCAAACCUGGUGCCAACUGUAGCAUUGGUCUUUGCUGUCAUAACUGUCUCUUUCGUCCAUCUGGGUAUGUGUGUCGCGAGGAAGAAAAUGAAUGUGACCUUGCAGAGUACUGCGAUGGGACCUCCAGUCUUUGCCCAAAUGACACUUAUAAGCAGAAUGGAACCCCUUGCAAGUAUGAAGCCCUUUGUUUCAGUAAGAGGUGCCAAUCCCGGUUUUUGCAGUGUCAAAGCAUUUUUGGACCUGAUGCCCAAGAGGCCCCUAAGCAGUGCUAUGAAGCAGUGAAUUUACUGGGUGAUCAAUUUGGUAACUGUGAUAUUUUGGGAUCUCGUACCUAUAGAAGGUGUGACAAGGAUAAUUCAUUAUGUGGCAGGCUACAGUGUAUCAAUGUCAAAACUAUCCCCGAUAUGCCAGAGCAUACUAUGUUAAUUAAUACUCAUCUGCGGGAGGAAAAUCUCAUGUGCUGGGGCACAGGCUACCAUUCAGCCAUGGUGCCCUUGGGGAUACCUGACAUGGGAGUGAUUGGUGACGGCACCUCCUGCGGUCAGAACCUGGUAUGUUUUAACAGAACUUGUGUUGAUGUAUCCGUCCUGAACUAUGACUGUUUGCCGGAGAAGUGCAACCGCCGAGGCAUUUGCAACAACAGAAAAAACUGCCACUGCAUGUAUGGCUGGGCCCCUCCUUUCUGCGAGGAGGACGGCUAUGGAGGAAGCAUUGACAGCGGGCCUCCAGGACCGCUAAAAGUGGAGAUGCCUUCGUCAUUUCAGGUCGUAUCCAUUAUGUUAAUGCGCCUUGGUUUCUUGGGCAUCUCAGUGAUUGUUGUGUUUUUCAGGGCAGUGAUUGGAAAAUAUUUUAGUUCCAAACCACCAGUCACCCCCUCAAGUAACGCUGGAGACCAAACAGCCCAGGCAAAGAAAACCAAGACCCCAAAAUAG